UGCUCAAUUUUUUCUGCUCUAAGUACAUUCAGAAAUUGUAAUUUGCUUGAAAUUCUGGAGAAUAUCCUGAUAUUGAUUCAACUCUUUUGAAACUAUAUUUUGACAAACUUUGUUACCACAGAAAUUAUCAAGAAUGAGUGCUGUCAAUACCAACAUCCAUGGAAAAGUUGUCAUUGUAACGGGUGCAUCAAGUGGAAUCGGUUGUGCAAUUGCAGAAGCCUUUGUUAAAGCAGGUGCAAAUGUUGCUAUGGCUGCUCGCAGGGAAGAUAAGCUGCAGGAAUUAUGCAAGAAGUUCUCAGAAGGUGCUCAAGGCCAAGUCAUUGCCGUUAAAACAGAUGUUAUUGACAAACAGCAGGUGAAAGAGCUUGUUCGACAUACAGAAUGUUCUUUUGGACCAGUUGAUAUUUUGGUCAAUUGUGCUGGUACUUCAUAUUACACAUUGAUGAAAAACCAUAAAGAAGAUGAAUGGGAUAGUAUGAUAGACACUAAUUGCAAGGGUGUGACUAACUGUAUUGGUGCUGUCCUUGAUGGGAUGAUAAAGAAAAAGUCUGGUCAUAUCGUCAACAUAUCCUCUGAUGCAGGAAGAAAAGGGUUUCCUGGUUUAGCUGUAUAUUCUGGAUCAAAAUUCUUUGUUGAAGGUUUAUCCCAAGCUCUAAGACUAGAAGUGGCUUCCUUGGGAAUACGAGUAACAUGUCUUCAACCAGGUGACGUGGAAACAGAGAUAUUAAAUCAUACAACAGAUCAAGAGGCAAUUAAUUUGUAUGAUAUUCACAAUAAAAUAAAGAUAUUAGAGCCUGAUGAUGUUGCACAAGCUUGCAUUUACGCUACAUCACAACCAGAAUAUGCUGCCGUUAACGAAAUUCUUAUACAGCCCAGGGAAGCACCAAUGUAAUGUAAUUAUACACAGUUCAAAUUUGUUAUUAAAAAACCUAGGAAAGGAAGCUAAAUCAAAUUAUGAAAGCCAACAACGAUUUUUAUGUUAUUUUGAAUUGAUAUUAGAUAAUUGAACACAAUUUGCUAAAAUGAUCUAAAAAUGAAUUUGAACAACUAUUUUUAUGCUAUUUUGAAUAUCAUGAACAUAAUUUGCUAAAAUAAUCUAAAAUGAAUUUGAUUUACUCUAAAUAAUUUUAAGAUUAAUAGGGACCUUAAAAACAUUUUGGAAUGUAAUUUUUAAUUAAAUCAUUGAUAUAUAAGUCUAUUUGUGUGUUCUGGUUUCACAUUUUAAAACGUUAAAUAUUCUGGGUAUUGGAAGAGAGUAUCUUGCUAUGAUAAAGGCAGUGGCAGAAAUGAUAGAGCAAGACUCUAAAUUGUAGUGUUUAGGUCCACUUUUCUGUGUUCUGUAUUUAAAUAUUACUCAGAUUCACUUUACUCUUCAGCCCUCCACAGUUAAUAAAUCGAGUAUCAAUAAUAGAAUGAGGAUGAGACAAUCAACAAAAUUUUGCCCUUUACCUAAUCAUAGGAAAGCAAUAUUUUGCUGUAAUAU